AUGGCAGACAAUCAAAUUUGCGUUUUAAGUUGGAAUUUGCAACAACAUGGCAGUAGAUAUCAAUGUCACUUGAAAUCAUCAGCAAAUCUAACAAUAAGGCAUGGAAAAUAUUCCGCAAUUUUCAUUCAUAAACUUACAAAAAAUAUUGAGUCACUUAAAGGUCAAUUAAGAGCAUCAAGAAAGGUCAGAAAUAUUUAA